CGUCGCCCCGCCGCAGUAACGCCCUGCCGGUGGCGCAGGUCUGAAAAUGCCUGCCAGGCUUGACGGUUCAGAUUCCAGUCGUGUUACACUGAGAACAACAUGGAAAAAGAGGAGGCGAAGCUGACAGACAGCUUCGGAAAACAAACCAUGGGGUCAUCUCAGGGACGUCCACCCCAACGUGACGAUAGCUACCCGUCAUCCUUACGCUCCACCUCCACGUGCACCACGUACAGCCUGGAGAUCAGCGUAUCUACAGCCGACAGCGGCGGAAAAGAGUCACCGCCCAUGUCACUCCGGACGCUUCCCGGGACCCGAGACGCCGAUCCUGAGCAAAAAGAUCCUGCCUCUACCCUGGCCCACCGUUCUCCUCCAGAAAAUAUAGAUACGGCUGAGACGAGUUCACACAGACCACCUCAACCAAAGGACCAACACAUAGAAGAAUUAAACCAGUGUCAAGAUAAGCUCAGCAACUGUAGGAUCGAACCAUCCAGGCGCCCAAGAACAAAAUCGUGUCCCGAACAGACAUUUGUGUCAAAUCCAAGCUGCAGUAUGAAGCAAGAAGCUCAACCGAUAUCAGCGAGCGGAUCUUUUAAUAGGGACCAGGGACAGCCGAGCAGCACUCAGGAAGACUGGCGAGCCGGCCAGGAGGAAGCCGAUUUCUUUUUCUCCUUCGUAAUCCUGCACGCCCUGGAGGACACCGAAGAAGCCGCGAGGCUGAAGAAGAGGUUGGAGCUCAUCUCCUCGACGACCGGAGCCACUUUCUCCGAGGACUUUGCCGAGCCCGGUCGGUCCACCUUCAGAUGCGUCGAGGACGCCAUCGGAAACUCGGCCUACGUCAUGCUGCUCCUCACGCCCAACUUCAACUCCCGCCUGAACGAGACCAGCGUGGACUCGGCGCUCAUUAACUCCAUCGAGAAACCGCACAAAUAUAACACCGUCAUCCCGCUGCUGCCUCACACCAACAGGCUGACCCGUGACGAAAUGCCCCUCGUCCUGAAAACCAAGAUCCCGCUCAAGGAAACGAAGGAAAACAGCAUUUUUGAGAGGAGCGUCCGAAAGUUGUUAAGUCCGAGCAGAAUACGGGACCAGAAGCUGAUGUGGAGCCAGGAACAACGAACAAAAAAUAUCCAGGAGAGGCAGCGAAGGGUUCAGGAGGAGAACCGACACCUCGCCGAAACCCUUCGAGAAAAAGCCAAGCUCCAAGAGUUAGAGUGGCAAAGAAGGCAUCUUCAGACGGAACAAGAACGCUACCCGCCCCCGUUCACUUUUCAGCCUGAUGCGUACCAGGCUCAUCCCACACAGGCACAGCCGUUUCACCCCACGCCGCCUCAAUUGCUGGGACCGGUGCCGUCAAACAUGAACAUGUGGCACCCGCAACCGUCCUGUAUCCACAUCCAGGACGCAAAGUACAUCAUGAUCGGGAGUAAUUCCACCAUGACUGUGGGAGCUGGUGGAGACUCGGGAGAUGAAGACUGCUUAUAAAUUGCCAAGCGUUUGCUGGCACUGGUGCUUCGCUGGCGUAUGGCACUGCAUGGCAACGUUUUGGGCCAAACCCUCACGGUUUGGUAGACGUCAUGUUGUAAGCGAGAGUUGUAAAUUAGGGAGAAAAUGGGAUUGAAUAACCCGACGACGAUGCACUAAACAUUCAAGCACUUAGUAAUUGUGGAAAUGGGUGGUGAUCUUGUGGGUUCUGUUUUUAGAAAUCGAUCUGGUAUUGUGGUUUAUUCCUUCUUUGUGCAAAACAAUCAGUACCAAUGAAGUCUUACAGCUUUUUUAUAAAUAAGAUGUGAUUUCAUAGCAGUAUUUAUUAGGGAUGUCGGGACCGAUCAAGGCAUUUUUUACUAAGGCCGAUCCUAAUUCCGAUCCUUUGUUUUACGUCGGCAUGUCCGCUGUGUGGAAAUACUUUAAAUUGGAAAGUGAAACAAGUCCAGCAGUGAAGUGUACUGUCUGCAAUUCGAGCGUUUCACGAGGCGGUGGGAGCAGAGCUUCGUUCACUACUGUAAAAUUUUACUGUUUAUAUGGUGUGUGAGUCGAGGAUCACUCCGGUUUACAAAACAAUAACUUUUAAUCCGAGUAUGAAAACUUCAGGAGCAUAACAUAUAGCUUUUACGAGUGUCACAAGACUGAACGACAUCUCAGUAUCGAGCACUCUGAUUGGCUUAGUUAUGUAACCGAGCGUCGUAGUGAUGCACUCGCUUAAUAAAGAAAUAAAUACACUGUAUAUUCACAAACUGUCGGGAGCAUUUAACACUUUAUUAACUUCUUCUGUUACGGUAGCGAAUAGCGGACCGCUAGAGUCAUCGCGUUAGCCAAGCAGGCUAUUCCAUGCACUAUGGAAGCCCCAAAGGGUCAAAACACACUCACUUCGCGUAGAAACGUCCAUCAAACCAUUGUCACAAUACAACCACAGAAAAGUUUGUUACAGUUACAACAUGCAUACAAGUACGGUGGCUCAUAAGAAACAAACCAAAUAUCAUUUAACCAAACGAUCUACAAUUACUACCCUCUGAUACGGCACCUAAAAAAUAAACACUCAGCCGAAUAUAGCGAGUUUAUUAUUAUAUGAUGAGAAGAGGAACCGGCAGAGAUGCUGAUUUUCCUCAAAAAGAACCUUCACUGCAUUUUGAGUGUUCUAGUGUUACUGCUACAAUGCUGCACUAAGUUUGUUUAUUUUGUAAAAAUAAAAGAACAUUAGGCAAUAGUUUGGAUGCAGGCAAUGUUUUUCCUACAGCACUGCAGAGCUAUUCAGUUGUUAAACAUUUACAUUGGAUUAAUUUGAAUAACUGUAAUGUACUUGAAGUGUGCACUGUGUGAACAGUGUUAUCUAGUUCUUAUCUAGACCGGAAUCGGGAACAAAGAAAGGUGAUCGGGACAUCCUUAGUAUUUACACAUAGUUUUUGUAUAGGACAGGGGAUUAAAAUAAUGCUGAAACAUUGUGAUUGUUGCUCACAGUUUGAGCCCUGAUAAUGCUGUAAGCUCAUUGGUCAGGAUCAGCCUUGCCUUGACGCAGUCGAUUUGUAAACCUACGUGUAUAAACGAUGACCAAGAAUGAAUCAUCCAAUCACGUUUAUCCGUCAGGUGAGAUUGCAUAAGCUACAGUUUGUAAAGACGUGUACAUGGUGGAUUAUGUGUCUUGGAGGAAGCAUGUGCUAGCCUCACCCUUUUACAGACAUCCCAAGUUGCAAAAACUCAUUUCAGGAAGGUACCCCGGACCCGGAUAGUGUAAAAGAUAAUGAUUUAUGUUCCCUACAUAGUGCACUAGAUUGUAUAUUAGAAAAGAAUUUAUGUUCCUUACUUAGUGCACUAGAUAGUGUACUAGAUAACAGACUUAUGUUUCUAACAUAAUGCUUUAGGUAGCGUAUUAGUUAACGGAUUUAGGUUCCCUACAUAGUGCACUAGACAGUAUAUUAGACAAUUGAUUUAUGUUCCCUACACAGUGCACUAGAAAGUAUAACUAGAUGAUGAUUUGUGUUCCCUACAUAGUGCACUAGCUUGUAUAUUAGAAAAGAAUUUAUGUUCCUUACUUAGUGCACUAGAUAGUGUACUAGAUAACAGACUUAUGUUUCUUACAUAAUGCUUUAGGUAGCGUAUUAGAUAACGGAUUUAGGUUCCCUACAUAGUGCGCUAAAUUGUAUAUCAGAUAACGGAUUUAUAUUCCCUACAUAGUGCACUAGAUAGUAUUUUAGAUAUGAAUUUAUGUUCCCUACAUAGUGCACUAGACAGUAUAUUGGACAAUUGAUUGCACUAGAUAGUGUAUUACAUAAUUAUGUUCCCUACAUAGUGCACUAAAUUGUAUAUCAGAUAACGGAUUUAUUUUCACUACAUAGUGCACUAGAAAGUAUAACUAGAUGAUGAUUUGUGUUCCCUACAUAGUGCACUAGAUAGUGUAUUACAUAAUUAAUUGUGUUCCCUACAUAGUGUCGCUCUUGGCCGCUCGUUCUAGAUUCCGGGAGAUUUUAUCUGACUUGCGGGCAUCAGGGAGCCGCUAUGUAUACGCGGGAGACUCCCAGAACUUCCGGUACACUUGGGAUGUCUGCUUUUACACUGGUUGCUGUGCUUGGAUGGGGGAGACGUUUACAUUAGAACAUUUCAUUACUCUGUAAAUAACCCAAACCCUUCAAAAUAAAAGAUUCAGCAAAAAAG